AUGCUAGUGCUCACUAGGAAAGCUCAACAAACGAUUCGGGUCGGUGAGAAUGUCACCAUCACCAUCCUUCGCGUUAAGGGACAAUCGGUUCGGGUUGGCAUCGAAGCGCCUCGCGACGUUCACGUCGUGCGUGGAGAAUUGCCACCGAAGGAUAUGGUAGAAGUCGAUCUCGAUGCCGAUACUCUCGACACGAUCGAAGUCACCACGACACCGGCGGUGAGCACCAAAACCGUUCGGCAGGACCGCGCCGCGGAAACCCCCAAGGGUCCGCAAGCAGGCCAGAACGCUCGUACGAAGUCCAAGCCGGAUCGGCAAGCGGUGCCAGUUUCGCAUCGAGGACUGAAAUCGCAGGUCAGUGCCCGUCGGGUUCGGGCGGUGAUGCGCCUGAAUGGCGAACCCAUCGAUGACUUGCGGCGGCAGACCUUGGGGCGAAGUCGUUGGUUGGUACUGGGACUGAUGGUUGCCUUGGCGACGGUUCCGUCGCUCACCGCCCACGCCGAAUCUGGAGAUCCCACGCUGUUGAUCUUCGAUACCGACAUAGGGAACGACAUCGACGACGCCCUGGCGCUAAGCGUCAUUCAUGCUCUUGAGAAUCGCGAUGAAUGCCGGCUGCUGGCUGUGACCAUCACUAAGGAUCACCCAGACUGCGCGGCGUUCGUCGACCUGGUAAACACCUUCUACGGGCGGGGCAAUAUCCCUGUUGGAGUCGUGCGUGACGGCAAGACACCCAAGGAGAGCCGUUUCGUCAGCGAGACGGUUGCCGCAACCGACGGGGGCGAGCCACGGUAUCCACACGACUUGAAGAGUGGCGAAGAUGCACCCGAGGCCGUAAGCCUGUUGCGGAAAGUUCUGGCCGAGUCGCCCGACGACUCGGUGGUGAUGGUGGUGGUUGGUUUUUCCACGAACAUCGCCCGACUUUUGGAUUCAAAGCCUGAUGAGUACUCCGAUCUCUCGGGCGAAGAACUCGUCCGCCGCAAGGUCCGCCUGCUGUCAAUCAUGGCCGGCACAUUCGGUGGCGAUCGGAUCGACCACAAAGAAUACAACGUUCACGUCGACCUGCCCGCAGCCCAAAAGAUUUACGAGCGAUGGCCCACACCCAUUGUGGCCAGCGGUUGGGAAAUCGGGAUGGCGAUUCAGUACCCCUCGGUAAGCAUCGAGGAAGACUACAACUACGUCGAUCAUCAUCCCGUGGCCGAGGCCUAUACGAAGUACCAGAAGAUGCCGUACGAUCGUGCUACGUGGGAUCUCACCUCGGUGUUGUACGCCGUUCGUCCCGAGCGAGGUUACUUUGGGCUAUCAGAGCCGGGCACCAUUCACGUAGGCGAAGACGCCCUGAGCAAGUUCGAAGAAGACCCUCAGGGAAAGCACCGGUUUGUUACCGUCAACGAUGAACAGAUCGCGCGAGUGCUCGAAGCCCUGAUUCAACUCGCAUCAGAGCCGCCGAAGGCUAGCAAUUAG